UAGCUACCGCUCAACCUGUUCUACUUAGUUCACGCUCUUUGCCCACACCCCGCAUACACAACAAUCUCGUCCGCUCAGCAUCAAAUCAAUUUACCUGGAUCGUCUAUUCUACAGCCAAUUGCAUACAAACAUCAGCCACCAGGUCAAAAAGCAGGAUUAUCUUCAUACAAUGCCCGUUAUCCAACACUUGGCUCGUGCAGCCUACAACAUCCCUGUCUCCCACUUGUUAGCUCGCGAUGGCGAUUCAGAUGACAACGAUAAUGAUGGCGGUAUCCGCAUCAUUCCCGGCGGAAUAGUCGCCAUCAUCAUCGUCUGCGUUCUUGCACUCGUCUCUGUAGUUGCGUGCUGCUGUUGCUGCCGCAGGCGGAAACGCAGGGGAACCGAAGGCGAUAGCAAGGAAGACAACUCCAGCAACGGGAACAAGACGGAGCUCGAUCCGACAAAGUACAUCAAGAAGGCCAUCAAAAAGUGCAUGAAGAAGAUCAAGAAGAUGGUUUCGAGGAAGAAUAAGAAGGCGAAGGGUGGAGCGGCUCCCCGACAAGCCGGAACUCCAUACGGCCAAGGAACUCAUCCUGGCUAUGGGCAGAACGAGCGCUCAAUGGGAUACAGCGGAGGAUACGACAGACUGGAUGGUGAUAAUGAGGAAAGAGUUGCGUUAUCGUCAGCACCUUACGGAGCGAGGAGCGACCAUUAGGGAAGUGUUCUAAAGAAAUUACCAAAAAUAUGAUUCCUUUCAUACUUAAUGUGUUCUCGCCGAAUAGCGGCUUCACACUGUACUAAAGCCUGGAACUUGUAAACAAAUGCUAGUCAUAGUAUGGAGAUUGGUGAGAUAAUUUCGUUGUCAGCGCAAUUUUGACCU